AUGGGGAGCCAGGGGCCUGGCGGGCCGCCCCGCGGCGGGGCUCCCUACACGGUUCUGCUGCUGCCACUGGGGACAAGCCGCCGGCACCCAGGGGCCCGGAGCUUCUUCCUCUGGCUGCAGAGGAUGCAGGCUCUGGAGAGGGAGCAGGACGCCCUGUGGCAGGGGCUGGAGCUGCUGGAGCGCGGCCAGGCCUGCUUUGAGGGCCGUCUGAGGGAGGCACUGCAACAACAGCAGCACCUAGGGGCUCUUGGUGAGAAUUUUCUAACAGAUUUACACUCAGAGCCUCAUGGCCCCCAGUUAGCCCAGAUUCAAAAGGUGAACAUGUGUUUGCAGAAUCUGAUUCAGAAGUUCUCCCCACAUCCCUUAAAUAAGGCUAGUUCCUGUCCUGCCCAGGACUGGAAGGGAAGGCCAAGGAAGCAGAACUUACGGCAGCAACAGGAGUUGUCGAGGCAGCAGAAGGGAGGCAUUCAGCCAAAAGGCGAGACCACUCAGCCGGGCUGCCCCAAGAUGCAGAGGGGCCCAACCCAUGUAUAA